GAAAAAAAUAGAAGAGAAUUAGGGCUGUCGGAGCUUUGAGAUUUGAUGACGGUGGAGGCGGGGCAAUGAGAUAACAAAUAUUAGAAGCUCUAGAAUUCAAGCUUUUGGCCUAAUUUUUAAUGUGAGGUCAGCAAUUUGUAUUCAAAUUGUAUAUACAAUGGGGGAAAGAGACCAAAUCAGCGAGUUAGCAGAUCCGAUACUACAUUACAUCCUCUCUGAUCAUUCAACUAAAGUUGCUUUUUGUACUUCCAUUUUAUCAAAAAGGUGGAAUUACAUUUGGAAUCGUGUCCCGGUCCUGGAUUUUGAGAAUACGAUUUGUGGAUUACGCAAUGCUUCAAAGGUCAAGAAGUUUAUGAUAUCCGUGGAAAAGAUUUUGCGUGAUCGUAACCAGGAAGCGAAUAUAAAGAAAUUCACUUUCAAGUGUAGAUUAUACAUGAAACCAUCUCGGGUAACAUCUUCUAUCUCGUUUCUACUAAAAUGUAAUGUUGAAGAGAUGAAACUUCAUUUAGACUCAAAAUCAUUCUCUAUUAUUCCUGCAUCUCUUUUUACUUCCAAGUCACUUAUUUCGUUACAUUUGAAAGAAACAAAGGUAACUCCCCGUGUAGGAUUUCCUAAAUAUAUCUCCUUGCCAAAACUCAAGAUUCUAACAUUGAAUGAGAUCACCUUUACUGGUAAGUGUGAGCAACUCUUUGCGGGUUGCCAUGUGCUUGAAGAAUUAAACAUAUGGGAAUGCACUUUUGCAAUGAGGGAAUUUUGUAUUUCUGCUCCUUUGCUGAAAACUUUGGUAAUUGAUAAUAGUAAAAGACAUGCAGCUGAAAUGGAAGACUGCAUUCUCAACAUUCAUGCACAUGGUCUUUUGUCUCUCAAAUACACGACUGCUGUUGCAAAGGACUAUGUUUUGUCCAACUUUGUAGCUCCAGUGGAAGCACAUUUUCUAUUUUCUCUUACCGGAGAUGAAACCAUGGAGCAAAAGGUAAAUCAAAAUGCUGCUGUAAGUAAGUUACUUGGAGCAUUUUCACAUGUCAAGUGUCUCUCGGUAAUUGCGCCACCUGUUCAUCAUCUCUUUGUAUCAGAAGAUUUGUUAAACAAGCUGCCUACAUUUCAUAAAUUGAAUCGGUUGGAACUAUAUCACGUAACGAGUGAUGGAACAGUUAUUGAAUUGCUCAAAGUAUCACCUUAUCUGGAGAAUCUUGUAUUUUGCCUUUUCGUGGAUGAAGACUAUACCGAUGGCGACGUUGAGGGGUUUCAUACUUCAUUUCCGCACCUGAAAUCAGUUAGCUUCGAGGUCGAGGACCAUGAUGGACAUCCAAGGGAGCUGAGAUGGAUGAAACUAAUUCUGAAGAAUGCCAUAGCUCUCGAGAAAAUGAGCAUUUGUUAUGACUUAGAAGGUCUGGAAAGGCGACAAGAAUUUAUGGAAGAGAUACGUAAUGUUCCAAGAGCCUCAAGUGUUUGCCUUGUUGAAUUCUCCCAGUAAUGAUGCUGUUUUGAAGUUAGAUAGAGCAUUCCAGAACAUAGUUUCAGUGAAGUAGAGAUUAGUUUGUUUUAGUAAAUAAGAUGAUGGUUUAUCCUUUUCUGUUAUUCCUUUUUCUGAUAUUUUCAUGUUAUUUGACUGAUGAUAAUGUAACUAACAGCUGCCACCAUUCUUGCAGUUUCAUUGAUUUGCAAGGAUUGCCUCAGUGCUGGUUACAGCACCAUAGAACCACUGCUUGUUUGAUUAAAUGAUCUCAGCAUUUUGCUUUCUAGAUUUCACUGCUUGUUAAUUUUGCAAGGAUUGCCUCAGGUUUAAUUUUUGUUCUGCCUAGUACUACUGCAUCUCCUGCUGCAGCCAUAUUUCAGCUACAAGUUUAAACUUCUGCAACAUAAGGUUCGUCUCCAACUCGGUUCUACUUAGCUCACUGCCUUCCUCUUACAGUCAUGUAUGGUGUCUAACAACUACUUCUGAUCUGCAACAACUUUUUAUUUGCUCUCUCAUCAUGGUCUGUCAAAAAUAUUUUUUAUUUCUUUGGGCGGUUGUGUGUGCCGUAGAGGGAACAAGAUCAUUGUACCUUCAAGGCGACCUUGAGGGAGGGUAAUAGCACAUACUGAUGUGAAGUAGCUCCAUGCUUUGAAAGCGAAGUCGCAGUGAUGUGCUGCGCGCUCCUCUUCCAGCCCACACAUUAUACAAAGCCUUGAAUAUGCAUAAAAUAAUUGACUUCAAAAGUAAAUAUGCACAAAUUCUCAUGACAACUCAAAGCUGGAACCUGCCCACUACAAAUAGAGUUGCAUUCAAGUUCACACAACGAGCUGAACACAUCUUUUGAGAAGCACAGGGAAGUAUGCUACCUGAAACCAGAGGCACUCCAGUCUACAGAAGGCUUGUUCAACAUACAAGGACUGAAAGUCCGAAAAUUUUAUGGCUGAAAGGAAAAUAAAAAUAAAAAAAUCUGUCAGCUGUGGGAUUUGAACCCACGCCCUCGUUAGAGGACCAGAACUUGAGUCUGGCGCCUUAGACCACUCGGCCAAACUGACUUGUUGUCUUGUUGAUGCUUUAGGACAACACUAUUAUUGGGGCGUCACACUCUUUUAGAGGGGCUUCACCUGAAUCUUAGUAUCUAAAAAAUGGUAAUGAGAUAUCUUUCAUUUAGGUA